CUCCAAGAUGGAUAAUAUAGUGGCUAUCCACGAGCACUCUACGGUGCAGAGAAUUCAGUUUCAAACAAUAAUUACACAAAAAGAUACAAUUCUUCGAGCACCAGCUUUGGAUAUGAUUUAACCCGAAAAAGAAAGAUAAAAAAAAAAACAAAGGCUUGAUAAGCUGGAAGAACAUCACUAUCCUAUUAGAGUAAGCCAUUGUUUUGUGUUAGAAUAACAGCUCCCAGCCUGUAAAUUUCGAACACAACAGCCCUGGGCUAAUUGCAGCAUUUCUUAUAAAAAAUCAAACAAUCCAUGACCUGAGCUCGGUAGAUAAAAAUAAAAUGGACUAGUAACCAAACCGGGGGGUCACGGUAUCUCCAAGCCCUUACCGUCCAUAAGACGCAUGCUCCUGUAGAUCGCGGCAGAGCUCCAAAACACCAACCUACAGGGGGCGAUCAAAGCUAACGAAAGGAAAGCAUGGAGAAGGAGCCGGAGGCCCUGGUGAAGAGAUUGCAGGAGCUGGAAGCGAGCCAGGCCAGGCUCCGGGAGCAACUCGACGUCGUCCGUCGAGAACGAGAAGUCGAGACCAAGCAUCAGGUCAGGCCAGUUAUAACCAGCAGAGGUGGCAGCGAAGCUGGCUUCCUGCCCGGAUUCUUCGCCGGCAAUCCGUACCGCAACGUGCUGCACUGCAUGGGCCACGCCCUCCACGUCUGUCGGCCGGGCACCGGCGAGAUCAUCUACUGGUCUGUUUCUCUUCUCAUCAACGUUUGUUUAGGACUCCUUAAUCCAAGGGGCAACGGCAAGGAACUCAUAUCCAUUCUGUGUGCAGGAAUCGGUCGGCCGAAAAUCUCUAUGGAUGGAAGGAUUGCCAAGCACUUGGCCGAAGGGUUGCCGAUCUGCUCUUUUGAUGAAGAGAGCCGUCCGUAUCUUCAGAAGGCCAUGGAAAGGUUGAGUAAUGGUCGAUCAUGGUCAGGUCAAUUUCCACUGAAGAAGAGGUCUGGAGAAAUGUUUGUAGCCUUAGUAACACAGAGCCCGUUAUACGAAGAUGGAGAGUUCAUUGGAAUCAUUACCGUCUCAUGUGAUGCGGCUCUUCUUUAUGAUACAUCCUCGGAGAAAUCGAGAGUACGUUGGGAUCAAGCUCAAGCACAAAUUGCGUCAUCUGUGUCCAGUUUGGCUGCAAAAAUUGCCCCCCGUAAUCAUGUACGCAGUGUCUCUGCGGGUAGGAAUUCCCUUGAAAGAUGUGAAUGCAUGUUCGAAAACCAAAAUGUGAAGUCAGAGAAAACAGAAAUACCAGCACUGAAGGCCAUCUUCAGAUCGCGUGCUGGGAAGAGAGCUGUUGAGGAAAUGACCCAUAAGUAUGAGGAAACUAUAUCAAAAUUUAAUCAGCCAUCGAAAACCGUCGCAAAGGUCUUUGGUAAACUGAAAUUCGAGGAAGCACCUACCAAGUUCAAGAAUCAGAUAAAGGCGUUCAAACUAAUUCAGCAAAGAAUUCAGCCUCCAAUUCGACAAAAAAGAAAAGAGAAUCACAUCAACCAACAGCAGUGGGGGAUCUCACCGGUUCCGGUAGUUGUAACAGUCAUGCAUCAGAGGGAAGGCCAGACAAUUGUUCAUAAACCUAUUGAUGAAGCUAAGUCACAGAAUAUGAAGAUAGCAGAGUUCGGAGCAUCAGGCUUUCCUAAUGUUUUAAGGGAAACAGUCCCAGGUCAGACGAAUCACGGUUCUCAUGAAAGAGUAGAAUGUUCUGCCAAAAGCAAUUCCUUUCAGGAAAUGGGAACAGGGUUUCCUAGAGGAAAGGAUGUUAAUAGUAAUUGCAAGCAGGAAUAUUAUGCUGCAAGUGUUGAACAAAGUGGGAAGAAGGAUGAUGUCUCGCAUGAGCAAGAAAAUCCCAAACAAGAUUUAGCAGCACAUUCAACUCUACAAAACACUGACGCAUCAACCACUGGAGAAAAAGAUUGGAACUUGGUCGUAGACUGUGAUAUUCAAUGGGAAGACCUCCUGUUAGGGGAGGAAAUUGGUGAAGGUUCUUAUGCUAUUGUCUAUCGAGGAGUAUGGAAUGGAUCGGAUGUUGCCAUAAAACUAUACCUACAAAAGGACUAUCAUGAAGGGGCUUUGCUGGAUUUCAAGGAGGAGAUCAGGAUAAUGAAAAUAUUAAGACAUCCAAAUGUAUUGCUAUUCAUGGGAGCUGUAUAUUCACCUGACCGACUUGCCAUUGUAACUGAAUUCUUACCAAGGGGAAGUCUCUUCAGAGUAUUACACAAGAACAAUCAGGCAUUGGAUUUUAAACGCCGUUUGAAGAUGGCAUUUGAUGUUGCAAGAGGUAUGAAUUACUUGCAUCGAAGAAAUCCACCAAUAAUACAUAGGGACCUGAAAUCAUCAAAUCUACUCGUUGAUAAAAAUUGGACUGUCAAGGUUGGAGACUUUGGGCUGUCAUGUUUAAAGAGUUCAUCUACCUUGACGGCAAAAUCUGGAAAAGGAACGCCUCAGUGGAUGGCGCCGGAAGUCCUCCGCGGCGAAUGCUCGAAUGAGAUGUCGGACGUGUUCAGCUUCGGAGUCAUACUGUGGGAGCUGAUGACGGAGUCCGUCCCGUGGAGCCAUCUCAACUCCCUUCAGGUGGCCGGGGUGGUCGGGUUCAUGGACCGGCGGCUAGAUCUACCGGAGGGUUUGGAUACGCGGGUCGCCUCCAUCAUCUGCAAUUGCUGGGAAAGCGAUCCAGGACGGCGGCCGACGUUCCAGCAGAUAAUGGAGACGAUGGCGGAGCUGACAACCGCUCCGGCUCACCGGAUGCGCGAGCACUCGACGGGAGGAGCACCGUCUAAUGGCUGAUGGGUGAUUUCUUUCUCGAGAACUAGAUGCAUCGUGGCCGUUAGAUUAGGCUCGAUCCAUGUUCGUGUUCUAUUUCUUUUGAUCGGUGGGCCUCUUAGCUUUAUUGGCUGAUGGGAACCGAAGAUCUUCGGGGAGAACUCAUGGAUUGUGUGUGGGAGUUGUAUGAAUGAUGAUUCUUUGGAAUAAUUUUUUUGACAGUGCAACUGUUUUCUGUUAAAAAAAAUAAAAAGCAGGUAGACAAUUUACCUUGUAA